GUGCCGCCACCAUUUACGAUCUUGCCAUCUACGCCCAUCACGAUGUCAAACGAACGCUCAGCCUCGAGAGGACACGAGUUUACUUCCUCAGGCCGAGGUGGACUGGGGAAUAUCCAUCGCGCCUCUGAAGAGGUUCCCGUAUACGACGGCCCUGACGAUUUUUCCGCUACCCGCGGACGAGAGCCCAUCCCGGCGCAUGCGAAAGAGGUGUUCUCCACCGGACGCGGCGGCGCGGGGAAUAUGAGGUCCCCCUCUCGCGCCUCUCGCGAGGUCUCAGAGGGCAACGAGGCCCGCGAGCGCGAGAUCCUGCGCGCUGCUGAAGAGCGCGGGCGCGACAUGCCCCACUCGACCGGCCGCGGUGGCCUGGGCAACAUCUCGCGCAGCCGAUCGCGCGAGCCCGAGUCCCUCGUCUCCCGAUCGCGCUCCCGCGAGCCCGUGCGCUCGACCGGUCGCGGCGGCUUCGGCAACAUGGUCUCCGGCGAGGGCCCCCUCUCGUCCGAGACCCUCCACGAAGAGGACGAGGAGCGCAAGUCGCACUCCCUGCCCGAGGAAACACAUGCCACCGGCCGCGGCGGCUUCGGUAACAUCACCCACUCCCCUGCGCCCCCUGUCGAGCACAUCCACCCCCAGCAUCACGAUUCUGAGAGUCAUGGGCGUGGCGGGGCAGGCAACAUCACGCAUGAUCGCCCGAAGGAGCAUCACGGGAUCUCGUCCUUCUUCCACCACAACAAGUCGUAAAAUCGUGGACGCGAUGUUACCGCGAACCCUCUCCCUAUCUUUACCCUUCAUCUAAUCCCUUAUAUGUUCGACUUAUCCCGCCUCCAUUGUAGUUCGGAACGAAGCUUGUAUACCUGUAUGAAUUGUACCUUCCUAUAUGAUUGAAGUUGAAAAUAUUUUCUGUAUCUCGUUUCUACACUGA